AUGUGCAGCAAAGGGCUUCUCCAACGCGGAUCGACGGACUUUGUGGCCGAACAAACAGACACUUCAGGAGCAGCGAUCAGGGAUAGAAAGGGUCGUGUGGACGAAUGGGAGGAAGGCAAGAAGAGGCGCAAGCGACUGCGCAAAUCGACCAACACAGGGCUGCAAGACGAGGGGCGGAAAGGAAAGAUCCGGGGUAAGGAUCGCCUGCCGACUCCGUCGAUCCACAACGUCAACGUCGACGUCACUGAUGUAUUUGAAUGCUGCCACGAACGAGCACGAUUGUGCUGGGUCCUGUGA